AUGGUGCUACUCCAGUGCAGGCAUGGAACCUCUUUCCCUAAGCUAGAUCGCCUGGUAUCCGUUGGACAAAUGAAGAUCCUCAUGGUCUUUCUAGCUCUGCUUGGUAACUCCACUGCUAUGCCAAUGCAAAUGCCCCGGAUGACCAGAUUUAGCAGUAAAAGUGAGGAGAUGAUGCGAUACGGUCAGUUCAACUUCAUGAACUCUCCACAUAUGUCACAACUUGGCCCCAUGUAUGGAAAUGGCCUACAGAACCCUCAGCUCUUCCCACAGUACCAGAUGCCCAUGUGGCCACAGCCACCACCACCCUGGCAUCCACGGAAACCUUCAUCUCCCUCAGGAUCCAAACGCCAGAGCAAGACUGAUCAAACCCAGGAGACCCAGAAACCCACCCAACCUCAGCCAAAAAAGCCACCCCCAAAGCGGCCUCUAAAGCAGUCUCCACAGGCCACACCUCAGCCCACAGAGGAAGCUCCCACCCCUCAGGCAUUCCCACCAUUUAACAAUGGGCUAUUUCCCUACCAACAACCACCAUGGCAAAUCCCACAGAGGGUACCACCAGGUUAUGGACGCCCACCAAUCAGCAAUGAAGAAGGAGGGAAUCCUUACUUUGGAUAUUUUGGCUAUCACGGAUUCGGGGGGCGUCCUCCUUAUUAUUCAGAAGAGAUGUUUGAACAAGAUUUUGAAAAACCGAAAGAAAAAGAUCCCCCUAAAAAAGAGACUCCGGCCGCUGAUCCCACCACGAAUACCACUAUUCCCGAGACGAACGCCACCCAAUCGAACGCGGCGAGUGCCGGCGGGAGCCAGGUGGGAAACGACACCACCACCCCGGGACACGGCCCGGGCGCAAACCCCACGGCGCAAGACGGGGUCGGUUCACCCCCGGCAGUGAAUGCUUCCAAUCAGGGGGGCCCGGGAAACCGAACGCCCUGGGGCCCGCGGCAGCCAAACGUUUAUGGAAAUUAUCCCAAUCGGAAUCCAGGCGGCCGAGGUGUUCCUGCGGGAAGACAGUGGCGCCCCGCGGGGCCCGCCGCGGGGCACAGGCCCUAUGGGCAUGGGCCUUUUUACCGAACUCACCAGGUGCCCAGGGGUCCUCGUCGCAACACCUUCGCUUGGGCAGGCAAACAAGCGCCCUGGCCGGGAAACCCAGCUUAUCGCAAAGCGUACGCUUCGAUUUCCAGAGGCAAUGCUCCCAAUCCUGCCAGGAAUCCAGCAAAUUUCCGAAGAAAACCCCAAGGGCCAAAUAAACAGCCUAUGGGAGGCAAUGUGGCCCAAACUUUGGCAACCAAACCUGGUACUGUUGUCCGCAACGAAAAAAUCCAAAAUCCGAGGGAAACGCCUCUCGGUCCAAAAGAAAGAAUCGUUGUUCCUACAAAGGAGCCAACUGCCCCCUGGAAGAACUCUCCAGACGAUGGGGUUAAUAAACCAAGUUAUAAACCGCCUCAUUCUGAGGGUAACAGGCCAGUCCCAAGCUUUAAUUCCAUUGAUCAACAUGAAAACGUCUAUUACCCAAGAGGAGACUCCAGCAGAGUCCAAAAUGCUGAUGGCCAAGCCCCAAACCAGCAGUUGCCCAAAGGAAUUGUUUUAGAACCAAGAAAAAGCCCAUAUGAAUCAGAGACUAAUCAACCAGAAUUAAAGCCCAGUGCAUACAAUCCCAUAUACCCUGAGGAAAUCCCUUUCCCUGCAGGGGGACGUUUUCCUCCAGGAAGAAACCACUGGACCCAUGGAGAACUCUCUCCCACUCUGCAGGAGGCUCUGGGAAGGCAGGAAGGACCCUUGCCUCUUCCUUCCCAGGGCUCUAGAGGAAGUGUUUUCUACUCUGAAUAUAACCCCUACCACCCCAGGGAAAACUCACCCUACCUCAGGAGCAACACUUGGGAGGAGAGAGGUGAUCCUCCAAAUACCAGGGGGCAACCAGAAAACCGACUGUACCGCAUGAAUACUCCAGAUCGGAAAGAGAUAGUCCCUUAUAAUGAAGAGGACCCAAUUGAUCCAACUGGAGAUGAACCUUUCCCCCGACCAGGGAGAUGGGGUGAGGAAGAGUCUAGCUUUAAAGGUAGCCCAACUCUUAGACACUAUGAAAGCCAACGAUAUGCCUCAAACCAGCCAAAAGAUUAUCUUCCUUAUACCUUAGAAAAUCCCUCCAAACCCAGAGAGGAUUUUCCAUAUGGUGAUUUUUACCCCUGGGGCCCAGAUGAUCAUUUUCCACCAUACAAUACAGUUCCUACUAUACUGCCACCUGUGGAAAGCAGGGGCUAUUACAUGGAGAAUGCUGUUCCACCAGAAGAAAGCCCUGUGUUUCCCUCCUGGGACUCCUGGGACCGAAGGAUUCAGACCGAUGGGCCCAAAGAAAGAGGGCAGUAUGUUAAUAGAAAUUUCUGGGACCAGACAACAAAUGUAUACAAUGCUCCAGCUAACCCACUAGACCACAGACAGAACCAGCCCUACUCCAGUAACUCCCCAGCUGGGCUUCGGAAAAACCCAACGUGGCUUGAAGAUGAGACCUUGAACCAUGGCAUGCAAAUGACUAGGUUAAACUCACCAGAUGGGGAGCAGGUAGCUUUCCCAAGCUUAAUGUCUCAAAGUUAUCCACCUGAACAAAAAGAAGCAAAUUCAUUUCACCCAAGCCAAAGAAGUCCCUGCUGUGCUGGUGGGGCCACGGGUCCCAAGGAUAAUCCACUUGCUUUACAAGACUAUACUCCAUCCUUUGGUCUUGCACUAGGGGAGAACCAGGACACCAGCCCGCUAUAUACAGAAGGGACUCAUACUAAACAUGCAAGACACAUCGUGUCCCCUACAAGUGUUUUGCCUGGUCAAAGAAAUAGCUCAGAGAAGAGGCUGCCUGUGGAAAGCCAAAACCCAAGUCCUUUUAGAGAUGAUGUGGCCACUCUGAGGAGGAACACGCCGUGUUCUAUAAAGAAUCAAUUGGACCAAAGGGGCAUACUGCCAUUUCCUCAAUCAAAAAGCACACCAUGUCUCAAAAGUGAUUUUGGCGGAGAUGGGACCAACAUUGUGGAUCAAAUGUUUGAGGGCAGCCAACCCAAUGAAAGAACUGCAGACCUUACCCCUGAGCAGCUUGUGCUAGGUACCCCCGAUGAAAAGUCCCAACCAGAAGCAAUCCAAAGUGAAGUACCAGGAAGUGAGGGUGAGAGGCAGCAACAAAGGCCCUCUAGCAUCCGACAGUUACCGUGCUUUGGCUCCAAAUUAGCCAAGCAUCACUUCUCCGGUACUGGAGCUCCAUCUAGCAAUGGAAGGCAAGACCCAUUUGUAGGCGAUCCAAUUAUGCCAACUGAAAAGCCAAACACAUUGGCUGAUUUAGCUACUGAGGCACCUUUUAACAGUGCAAAUGUAAACACACUUAACGAAGGUGAACAUCCUCCCUUGGAGCCCUUUUUAAAAGGGACUGAUCCAGAGGACCAGGUACAAGACUGUUUAUUACUUCAGGCUUAG